AUGCUGCUGUUUGUGAUCAGCUUGGCCGCUUUAGUUUGCGCCGCAUCUGGCCGGCCUUCACUCAGCUACCUGGAGAAUCAUUUCAUCGCCGAUAAUGAGUCAGAGGAAGUACGCUCAGCUGCCAUCAAGAGACUUUUGGAAGUUUUUGGGAUGGAGGACCCCCCUGUUAUCCAUGCGCACAAGCAGCCACCUCAGUACAUGCUCGAUCUGUACAACACGGUUGCAGACGUGGACGGUGUGACCAGGGAUCCCUAUCUCCUGGAGGGGAAUACUGUGCGCAGUUUCUUUGACAAAUUGCACAGCGAACAGGUGGAGUACAGGUUCAACCUCUCCACGGUUGCCAGAACUGAGAAGAUUCUCACUGCAGAGCUUCAUCUUUUCAAGCUGCGACCUCAAGCAACGCUGACAUUCAACAGACACCACUUCUGCCAGGUUAGUGUUUAUCAGCUCCUCGACACCAGCAAAAACAACAACACGGAGGAGAAAAGGCUGCUAUCUUCUCGACUCAUCCCAGUCCACUCCACUGGGUGGGAAGUGUUCACCAUCACACAAGCAGUUCGCUCCUGGAUGAUAGAUGAAGGCAGUAACUUGGGGCUCCACGUGGUGGUUCGGACCCUGGGAGGAAGCCAGAUGGAUCUGAAGCUGAUCCGAUUUGCUUCAGGACGCAACCACCACCAGAGCAAACAGCCCAUGUUGGUCCUCUUUACAGACGAUGGCCGCCGCUCUACCACUCUCGAAAGCAUAGACCCAAACGAUACCACAGCCACUUCCAGCCUGCCCCAGGCCCCCAUGUCAGGCCCGCCCUCCCGGAUCGCCCGCUCCCUGGACUACAGCGAGGAGGAAGGUGUGUCCUCACCCUGCCAGCGCCAGCCUCUCUACGUCGACUUCGAGGAAAUCGGCUGGUCAGGCUGGAUUGUGUCGCCCCGGGGUUAUAACGCAUACCACUGCAAAGGCUCCUGCCCCUUCCCUCUGGGUCAGAACAUGAGGCCGACCAACCACGCCACCGUCCAGUCCAUCAUCAACGCCCUGAAGCUCAUCAAAGGCAUUGAGACGCCAUGCUGCGUGCCCGACAAGCUCUUCUCCAUCAACUUGCUCUACUUUGACGAUGACGAGAACGUGGUGCUAAAACAGUAUAAUGACAUGGUGGCAGGAAGCUGCGGCUGCCACUGA